AUGUCAGCACAGACUAGCCAAGCCGCUUCGCUAUCUGAUGUUUUGACGAAGCCAUGGAAUCUGGAUCAAACCGAUUCUUACAUGUCAACGUUUGUUCCACUUUCUUAUAAAAUCAUGGUUGGCUAUCUCAUUACCAUCUAUUUUGGACAAAAACUGAUGGCUCAUCGGAAGCCAUUCGAUCUCCAGAACACACUUGCCCUUUGGAACUUUGGAUUCUCACUUUUCUCCGGAAUUGCCGCCUACAAACUUAUCCCAGAACUUGUCAGUGUGUUCAUGAAAGACGGAUUUGUUGCUUCUUACUGCCAGAACGAGACAUACUACACCGAUCCAUCAACCGGAUUCUGGGGAUGGGCAUUCGUAAUGUCGAAGGCUCCAGAACUCGGAGACACCAUGUUCUUGGUUCUUCGCAAGAAGCCAGUUAUUUUCAUGCACUGGUAUCAUCAUGCUCUCACUUUCGUUUACGCUGUUGUCACUUAUUCCGAGCAUCAAGCCUGGGCUCGUUGGUCGUUGGCUCUUAAUCUUGCCGUUCACACCAUCAUGUACUUCUACUUCGCCGUCCGUGCCUUGAACAUCCAGACCCCACGCCCAGUCGCCAAGUUCAUCACUACCAUUCAAAUCGUUCAAUUCGUCAUUUCCUGCUACAUCUUCGGACAUUUGGUGUUCAUUAAAUCCGCCAACUCUGUUCCAGGAUGUGCCGUUAGCUGGAAUGUUCUUUCCAUCGGAGGUCUCAUGUACAUCAGCUACUUGUUCCUUUUCGCGAAAUUCUUCUACAAGGCUUACAUUCAAAAGCGCUCACCAACCAAAAAGAACGAAUAG